AUGGCCUCCAAGAACGCCAACGAUGUCGUCCCCGGCGCUCCCGUCGCCGACAAUGAUGGCCUUGGCCCUAUCAGCGACGAGAAGGACCAGGACCAUUACGCCGACACUGAUCACGCCAAGGCCGUGGAGCGGAUCAUCAACUUCGCAAAGACGGCCACCGAGAAGGAACACAAGAUGACACUCAUGCAGGGCAUCAAGCUUUACCCAAAGGCAAUUGCUUGGAGCAUGCUGAUCAGCACGUGCAUCGUUAUGGAGGGUUAUGAUGUCUGCCUCAUUAACAACUUCUACGCCUUUGACCAGUUCAAUCGCAAGUACGGCGAGCAGCUUGCCAACGGUGACUGGCAGGUCCCCGCUCGGUGGCAGUCCGGCCUCAGCAAUGGCGCCAACGUUGGCGAGCUCAUUGGGCUGCUUAUCAACGGCUGGGUAUCCGAGCGCUUCGGCUACCGCUACACGGUCAUGGCCUGCUUGGUUCUUAUCAUUGCUUGGACUGCCAUCUUCUUCACCGCCCAGAACGUCGCCACACUCUUGGUUGCUGAGAUCCUCUGUGGAAUACCCUGGGGCGUCUUCCAGACCCUGACCAUCACCUACGCCUCCGAGGUCUGCCCUGUCGCCAUGCGCGGAUAUCUCACAACCUACGUGAAUUUUUGCUGGGGUGUUGGCCAGGAGAUCGGCAUCGGCGUUAUCAUGAGUAUGUUGAAGCGUGAGGAUCAAUGGGCGUAUCGCAUCCCGUACGCUCUCCAAUGGAUGUGGCCUGUUCCGCUCCUCAUCGGUAUAUGGUUCGCUCCUGAGUCACCCUGGUGGCUCGUCCGCAGGGGCAAGGUAGAGGCCGCGAAGAAGUCCUUGCUGCGCCUAACCAGUCUAAACCGCGAGACCGAGUUCGACGCAGAGGAGACAGUGGCCAUGAUGGUUCAUACAACAGCCCUGGAGGAGAGGACUACGCAUGGCGCUACGUACUGGGACUGCUUCAAAGGCCAUGAUCUGCGCAGAACCGAGAUUGUCUGCAUGAUCUGGGCCAUACAAAACCUGAGCGGAAACAGCUUCUCCAACUACUCGACGUAUUUCCUCGAACAAGCUGGACUUAGUGCGAACAGCGCCUAUGGCUUUGCCUUGGGCCAGUAUGGCAUGAACAUGGUCGGUGUCUUUGGUGCCUGGUUCUUGAUGAGUGUAGGGAUCGGCAGACGGUCACUGUACUUAUAUGAGAUGUCCACACGCCGCUUGCAGAUCAAGACCGUUGUCUUGGGCCGCGCUCUUUACAUUGUUGUUGGUAUCAUAUGCAGUGUUCUUACUCCGUACAUGUUGAACCCAGGCGAGUGGAACUGGAGCAACUAUGCCGGGUUUUUCUGGGGUGGCAUUUGUUUCCUGUGUAUUAUCUAUACAUACUUCAGAGUUCCCGAGCCCAUGGGACGAUCUUUCGCAGAGCUAGAUCUCCUCUUUGAACAAGGAGUGAGUGCUCGGAAGUUUGCAUCAACUAAGGUUGAUGUCUUUGCUGAGAGCGUGGAGGGCGGUGUUCUGGACAACUAUCAGAAACAAGUUGAGUUCAACCACAUUGAGAAGAGAGGGGACCAAGUCUGA